GCCGCCCGGCAGCGGGUGACGGGUGCCGGGACCGCGGCCUCCGGGACCCUGCUGCCCAGCUGCCCAGGCCGGCCGGGCGGGAGCGGGAGUGCGUGGACCCCACCCUCGGGGCACCCGGCGCCGGGACCUGCUCCUUCUCCCGUGGGAGGGAGGACCCCCGCAUUCCCGGGACAGCCAGAGGAGAUCGCCGCAGGGCGCGCGCUGUCCCUCCCACGCUGGCUUUGGAGGAGACCCCCAGAAGUCGGGAAGGGUAGUGGGACCUGAAGGAGCCGGAGUGAGACCGCCCCCACUCCCCAACGCACUCCAGACAGUUCGGGACUUUGGAGGCAAAGAGAAAGGGAGCCAUGCCUGUGGAGUAGGCACCCCACAUCCCACCCAGUACUCACCGCCGAGAGGCGUCCUGACACGCACGAGCCAGGACCCUCCAGGGAACCCGCAGCAAUCGGUUCCAGUUUGCUGGAGAGUGGAAGACCUCGCCCCUCAACUUCCGUGCGCCUAGACAGUGGACCCCGGCAGAGCCCCUCCGCUCAGAUCUCCAGCAGACAGAAAGAGCCCUCAACCCCUGAAGGAUCCAGUUUGGGGGGGAGGGGGAUUCCCCCAAAGGGGAGGAGACAACUCCUGGUUGGGAGAGGCUCCUCCCCUCCUCCCUAGGGUAGCAGGCAGGGUGUGGGGGGUGUGCCACCUUCCCCAGGUAGGUCCUCCCUCUCCCCCUCCUUCGGCCCCUCUUCCUCGGAGGACUCAAAUCCCCGCUCCGGCUAGGGAGGCUCUUCCAGACACUGGAAGAGUCACAGAGGAUGAGACCUGUCACCUGCCUGUGAAGAGGGGAAUCCCUGCAACCUCAAACUUCUGUAGCAGGUGGUUUCCUCCAGUGGCUGGGGGAACCUUGGAGGCAGGAGGCCCUUCUGACGUCCCUGCUUCAGGCUGGGUAUCUACCAUCCAAAGGGAAAUGUGAAUCCACAUGCCCUGAGAACCCAGAAGUACCAUGGCCUCCGACCUAGAGAGCAGCCUCACCUCCAUAGACUGGCUGCCCCAGCUGACUCUCCGAGCUACUAUUGAGAAGCUUGGGAGUGCUUCUCAGGCUGGGCCUCCAGGGGGCAGCCGGAAGUGUUCCCCAGGCUCUCCCACCAAUCCUAAUGCCACCCUCAGCAAAGAUGAGGCAGCAGUCCACCAAGACGGCAAGCCGCGAUACAGCUACGCCACCCUCAUCACCUAUGCCAUCAACUCUUCUCCCGCCAAGAAGAUGACCCUCAGUGAGAUUUACCGCUGGAUCUGCGAUAACUUCCCCUACUACAAGAAUGCUGGCAUUGGUUGGAAGAAUUCCAUCCGACACAACCUUUCUCUUAACAAGUGCUUCCGGAAGGUGCCCAGACCUCGGGAUGACCCCGGGAAGGGCUCUUACUGGACGAUUGACACCUGCCCUGAUGUUUCCCGGAAGAGAAGACACCCUCCGGAUGAUGACCUCUCCCAAGACUCCCCAGAACAGGAGGCCAGCAAAAGCCCCCGGGGAGCUGUCCCGGGGAGUGGAGAAACCUCACUGCCUCACGAGGGGAACCCUCAGAUGUCACUACAGAGCCCCUCCUCCAUGGCCAACUACAGCCAGGGCCCGGGGUCUGUGGAUGGUGGAGCAGCGACAGCAGGGGCUCCAGGUCGAGAAAGCACAGAGGGUGCUACCCCCCUCUACAACACCAACCACGACUUCAAAUUCUCCUACUCAGAGAUCAACUUCCAGGACCUAAGCUGGUCCUUCCGCAACCUCUACAAGUCCAUGCUGGAGAGGUCCUCCUCCUCACAACACGGGUUUUCCUCACUCCUGGGAGACAUGCCACCUUCUAACAACUACUACAUGUACCAGCAGCCGCCACCUCAGCAGCAGCAGCAACAGCAGCAGCAGCCGCCGCCACCCCAACAGUCACAGCCACAGCAGCCACAGGCACCCACUCAGGGCCCCUCAACAGUAGGGGGUGCCCCUCCACUGCACACCCCAAGCCCCGAUGGUUGUACUGCAUCAGGGGGAAAACAAGCCGGAGCUGAAGGCUACGGCGCCCCCACUGUGAUGGCCAUGCACCCUCCCCAACUGCAGCAUGGAGGCUACCACCCUCAUCAGCACCAUACGCACUCCCAUCCUGCCCAGCAGCCAGCACAGCAUCAAGCACAGAGCCAGGCACCCAUCAAUAGCACUGGCUUUGGUGAGCAUGGAGGGCACACAGAAAGCUGGGAGGAGGCCUUUCCUCCAGACUGGUGCUCCAGUAUUGACUCCUUAAAGGAAAGCUUCAAGAUGGUGAACCGGCUCAACUGGUCCAGCAUUGAGCAAUCCCAGUUUUCAGAGCUGAUGGAGAGUCUACGGCAGGCAGAGCAGAAGAACUGGACCCUCGACCAGCAUCACUUCGCCAACCUGUGUGACUCCCUCAACCACUUCCUCACCCAGACUGGUCACCUGCCCCCACAAGGGGGCUCCCACCGGCCACCUGCCCCUCCCCGCAUCACUGACUCCUGUGCUCUCACCAGUGGCAAACCAGAGCCAUCCAUGAACCAAGUGAACUCUUAUGGGCAUCCACAAGCCUCCCAUCUCUACCCUGGCCCAGCACCCAUGUACCCAAUCUCCACCCAGGACACAACAGGUUACAGUCGCCCAGCACACCAUAUGGUUCCGCGGCCAUCUGUCCCGCCUCCAGGUGCCAAUGAGGAGAUUGCAGAUGACUUCGACUGGGACUUGAUCACUUAAAGAAUCAGAGUGGACAUCA